UCGGAUCAUCAAAGAAGACAUGUGAGAGAGAUCACCGGAGAUAUCCCGAUGAGAUCUUGCGAUCGGUUGCAGGAAGCGUUGUUGCAGUGCCACCGUCGGAUGCCUGAGGGACCGGCAAGGAGAUCCGGUUGCAGACAUUUGAACAAGGCGUUUGCGGAGUGCGUGGUGGCUGAGGCUUGUCCGGAGGAAUCAGAGGCGGUGAGGUCUCUUUGCUCUAGCGGCGGAACAAGCCUUAAGCGUAAACAGUGCGAAGACGCUCAGCUUUCACUUUCUCUCUGUCUUUCUCGUCAUCAGAGAGAAUUUGAGCAGCGUUAGAUAAGAAGAGCCAUUAUAGUUGUUUUGUUGUUGUUGUCGGUGAAAGCUUUUUGGAUCUUGUGAGCUACGUAAUUGGUAAAUUAGGGUUUAGUUACUUUCUAUAAGCUGCUCUGAACUGAAGCAGGAGCCAUUGUGGUGGAAUCAUUUCCUUUUGUUAGUUAAUUUCAAGUUUUGUCAGCUGUUCUUGGAUUCAGAAAUGAGGCUGUUUCUGUUUUGUGUAAGAUGUUAGAUUCAAUCAGGUUUCGAGUGUGAUCAAUCAACAACCUCAGGUCUAUUGGUUACUACUGCAACACAUUUUCCCUGACGUUUUGGUGGUUUGUCUCAGCUUCAGCAUCUUGACUUGUUGUUCAAUCAUCUGACUGGAACUCCAUCUCGGUUCUUGUUCUCUUUGCCAAACAUUAGUUACUUAGACUUGGCAUCUAACAAGCUCAGUGGGAAGCUACCGCUUUAUCUGACCUGUGGAGUUAAACUUGGACUUGUCGAAUAACAGAUUAAUUGGGAUCCCUCCCCGUUGCUUGGCAGGAGCUUCCGGCGAGCGAGUUGUUAAACUCGGUGGAAUUGCUUGUCCAUAAUUGGCAGUCAUGAUCAGCAUCAAGAAUUCUUAUGCGAAGAGGCUGAAACUGAGGGAAAACAGUUCCAAGGAAGAAAGAUUGGGAUUUUGUUCAUUCAACAAUCAUCUGAAGACGAACAACAUUUUGCUUGACGAACACAAGAUUGCAAAGCUCAGUGACUAUGGAGUCUCUGCCAUCAUUGAAGAGAACAAAAAGCUCGAGGAAAAUGGCUAAAAGAGAGGACGAUGUGUACAACUUUGGAUUCAUACUUCUGGAAUCUCUGAUAGGACCAGUGCCUACUACAAAAGGAGAGGCCUAUCUUCUCAACGAAAUGACGUCAUUUGGGAGCCAAGACGGUCGGCAGAAAACAGUAAGUCCAACGGUCCUGACAACAAGCUCGCAGGAGUCUUUAUCGAUUGCCAUCUCAAUCGCCAAUAAAUGUGUUUUGCUUGAACCUUCUGCAAGACCUUCCUUUGAAGAUGUUCUCUGGAACUUACAAUAUGCAACUCAAAUGCAGUCUGCCGCAGACGCUGAACGCAAAUCUGAUACGUCGUCGUGAAUCCAAAGGCUAACCUGAUGAUUGAUAGUUUUUUCGGUUUUAUAAAUGUUAAGUUUGGUUUUUCAGUAGAAAAAUGUAAUACUCUAGCGGCUAAAAAAUAUUGUUUCUUGUCUCUCUUGAAACU